CAUGGAUGUCUGGAACAUAACUAUUCGGUGGAAACCUGUCUAUGCAAUAGCGAGACGUUGAAUGUUAAGUAUGGAUCCUAGAGGAAUGCUACUCACUGCCUUACGGUGGCAGUGUUACCGGAGGUUCGGACCGCUUAUUCGGGUCGCGACUUGGCGGGGGUUACUGAAGUACUGAAGCCCCCAAGCGUCUAUCGAUCUCUCUCCACACCACCGCUUACGACCUCCUGCAACUACUCAACAUUAACAGACAUGGCCCCCUCACAGUUCUUUAUCACCCUUCAGAAAGGUAUCACUGGCGGGUUCGCCCCCGUAACCCCGUCCGCGGUCUACACCAUCCAGAAGGCCAACUCCGCGCCAUCCAUCGUCAUCCAAGCCGCCGAGCGCCCUGAUGGAACGCCAAGUUUGUUAGAUUCUGCGCCCAAGAGUAUUCAGAGUGCAGACACGGGUGCGGAGAAGCUUGUCGAUGAGCUUGAGGGCAUCCUCAAGUCGCUCCCCACCGAGAGCCCUCCCGGCAGCCAGGAUAUCUAUGGAUUGGACACGAGCAUCAUGUUUGGGAGCGACAACUUUGUGUGGAGGAACAAUGCUGCUGAGGGGUGCGAGAACAUGAGCGAGACGCAGCCGACGGAGGAGCAGAAGCAGCAGUUUAAGUGCGCGGUGGAUAUCAUCAAGGAGCUCGUUGCUAGAGGCCAGUAGAUCGUGAUGAGCACUGGUGAGCGCCUCCACGUCUGGUCAGAUAUCCAAUCGUAUGUGUUGCUGUGUACUAUAAGAAUAUGUCUAGCCAUAUAUCUAUCUUAAUUGAUAUCGAUCGC